UUAUGUAGGAGACAGAGAAAAUAGUGGUUGUAAGACAAUGCUCACAAAGUCCAAUUCCAUCAUGAAAGUUUCCACUCAGAAGAAUAGUGUGAUGUAUUAUGGCUCACUUACUGAGACACCACUCUUUUACGUCAACAAGUGUGUGGACUGAGGCUCGCCUGCACCACCAAGCCUACGCUUCCAUUAAACUCAGCAAUCAUCGUCAAGGAAGGUGGAAAACCAAUGGCAAGAGAAGGGCAAGCGGGAAUGGGUGUGUGGUGCAGUGCUGCACUUCUUCUUCUUCAUCAGCAGCAGCAAAGCCGGGUGUGGAGCUGACUGGAAAUGCGGAGGAAGAUAAUAAUGGAAGAUGGGAAGAGAAAGAGGAGGAGGAGCCUUUGUAUUUGGCAAGCGAGUAUGGAUGGAAAGUAAGGAGAUUGGAGGAGGAUCAACCCGAGAUUAAGAAGGUUGCAGAAAUUCAGGCAGAAGCAUUCCACCAACCAAUGGCCUUCUUUGAUGAUUUAUUCUUUCAGUUCUUCCAGGCGGAAGUACUGGCAGGGCUCAUGUACAAACUUAGGAACUCACCUCCAAACAGGUAUGCAUGUUUAGUGGCGGAGUCUCCCUCGGAUGCUAAUUCUGAAUCGAAAACAGAGCUAGUAGGCGUGGUGGAUGUGACGGCGUUGAGAGACGAGGCUGUUCUUCAACACCUUCAGGGGGCUGACGAAUACCUUUAUGUUUCGGGACUCGCUGUUUCCAAACGCUUUCGGAGGAGGAAGAUCGGCAGUUGUUUGUUGAAAGCUUGUGAGAUGCUGUCGGUUUUAUGGGGUUUCAAGUAUCUUGUCCUUCGGGCUUACGAAGAUGACUUGGGUGCUCGCACGUUGUACGCAAAUGCAGGGUAUCGAGUUGUCUCGGGUGAUCCACCAUGGUUGACUUCUUGGAUUGGGAGAAGGCGUCGUGUUCUUAUGAUCAAACAGUCUAAUUUCCUUAAUCUUAUUAACUCCACCUUUCAGUCAUAAACAAGGACUGGGUUGAGAGACACAUCAAUAUGGAAAUAGCGCACAUUGUUGUUCUUUGCAAAGAAAAUAUCACUUCAAUGAAAAAAGCUUUCAAAAGGUUGUCUUCGUA